AUGUAGACUUAAAAAUACAAACUCUAAUACAUAAAUCCACAAAUUUAAAAUAUUCAAUGUAAAAUGAUUUUGUGCAAAGCAAAUUCUAUUAUAAUUUAAUAGGGAGAAGUUGGGAAGAAUUUAUAUCAUGUUUUAAGUGGUUAACUGACUUGCUUUUUUAAAGAAGAAGAUUGUCCUCCAUAAAGAUAAAAAAUUGUGAGAUAGCUAUCAAAUGAUAUUUUUGUAUAAUAAGUUCUACAGUUGGUUCCAAAUAUAACUUUAUUGAGCAAAUAAUAUUUCUAAUCUAAUUAAAACAUCCCUUUUACAUAACUAUUUGUUGGGGAUACAUUUGGAGAAGCAAAAGGAAAACGUUCUUAUUCAGUAGUUGCUGAUAAAGAUAGUAUUUUGAUUGAAUUGUAAUUUGAUGAAAAGUAUUGGAGAAGUUUUGAAAUUCGUCAUUCUUUUUUAGAAAAAUUAAAUGUAGCUAGCGAUUUAUAGUUAUUAAGUGUUUGUUUAAAAGAGAAAUAAUUUAAAUAUGGAGAUUAUAUAUUUAAAUAAGAUGAAUAGAGAAAAUGGAUAUACUUAAUAAUAUAAGGAGAAGUUAAUUUUAUUAAUAAUAAUACAAAUAUUUAUAAUUUAGGAGCAUUAUAAAUAUUUGGAUUUGAAGAAUUCUUAAGAGAUUCUCUAAGAAAAUAUACAGUUAAAUGUAUAUCAGCUUAAUUUUGUUGUUAUGUAACAGAUAGUUUAAAUUAUUUUAAUAUUAUUUAGUUAGAGAAACUGGCAAAGGCAAGAAACUUAAUGAUUUAAGAUAUUAUGAGAUAAAAAAAAUAUGUUUCAGUAACUAAUAGAUCAAAUAAUAUUACUUAAAUUUCUAAAGGAGUUGGAUAAUAACAAUAAUUAAAUAAUUCUUAAGAUAAAAAUAGUUUUUAUAAUUAAUAUUGGUCUAAAGAUUUAUCUGAAAUACCAAGAUGGAAUUUAGAAUAACUUACUCGAGAUGCAGGUGCAUUACCAGGUUAAGGGAUAAUAAAAUCAAAAUAAUAUAAAACACCUAUUCUUGAUUAAUCUUAAGAUGGAAGUUUAUAGAAUUCAAGGAGAAAUUCUAUUAAACCAUGCUCAGUUUUUGAUGUAAAUCCUGUUUAAAAUAGAAAAUUAAUUAGAAGUUAUAUUAAAAGAAUGAGAGCUGAAAAAUACUCUGAAUAUCAUUCCUGUUUAAAAGGUAAUUGGGAUUUAUUUAAUGUAUCAAAAGUAACACAAUAAUAUUCAGCUCCAAAAUAACAAUAAAUUUCUAAUUCUAAUACAUAAAGUUAUACUAAAAGAUAAUAAGCAUUAAAAUAGAAUUUAACAUAGAUGAAUUCUAUUUAUGUGGAAGAUUUCUCUUGUUCACCUGUCAAAAUCAUUUCAGAUUAAUCAAAACUUUAAAAUGAUAAAUAAUAUAAAGAAAUGUCAACUAUGACUGUACGUCCAUUCAAAAUUUGA